CUCUCGAUUGUUCCGAAGCUUCCCAUCCAUACACGUAAGCUGCCGUCAUGAUCUCCUUUCGAAGAUGCCUGAUCAUUGCGGCCACCUUCCUCGCUUUCAUGUACAUCCUCCACCUGUCCGGCAGCGGCGGCAGCACUCGACAACCCGAAGGAUCGAACGCUGGCCCUGAAGAUAAGCUGUCAAGCGUGGACGGUUCGCUCCAGUUUCAGCCCCAGCAGAUUCCUCUCGAAGACUUGGCCCGAAAACCUCUCCGUGAACGACUCCGAUACCAGUUCCCUUACGACAUACAAUCGAAGUUCCCGGCCUACAUCUGGCAGACGUGGAAGUACACCCCAGCUUCCGGGAAGUUCAAGGAAGAGCUACGCCCGUUCGAAGCUAGCUGGACUGAACACCACCCAGGAUUCGUCCACCAGGUGAUCACGGACGAUGGGUUGAUCUACGUGGUGAAAUACCUCUACGCUGCUUUCCCGGAAAUCAUAGAGGCCUUUGAGUCGAUGCCGCUACCCGUGCUGAAGGCGGACUACUUCCGAUACCUUAUCCUCUUGGCCCGUGGUGGGAUAUACAGCGACAUCGACACCUUCGCUCUGAAGCCCGCAACUGAAUGGGUGCCUGCUGCUGUCGACAGAACUACGAUAGGUCUUAUUAUUGGCAUCGAGGCGGACCCAGACAGGAAGGACUGGCAGACCUGGUAUUCACGCAGGAUCCAAUUCUGUCAGUGGACCAUCCAGUCAAAGCCGGGACACCCGAUAUUGCGGGAUGUUGUGGCAAACAUCACGGAGGAAGCACUGCGGAUGAAGAGCGAGGGGAAGCUUAAAAAGAACAAGAUGGACAAAACUAUUGUCGAAUUCACUGGGCCGGCCGUAUGGACAGACUCGAUUUUCCGCUAUUUCAAUAACCCGAACUACUUUGACAUGGGGAGGAGAGAUGGCAACUCCACCAGCGAGAUUGGCUACAAGCAUUUUACCGGCAUGGUCGCCCAAAAGGCCGUUGGCGAUGUCAUCGUCUUGCCGAUUACCAGCUUCAGUCCCGGCGUUCGACAGAUGGGUGCCGAAGAGCCUGAGCACCCGAUGGCAUUCGUUAAGCAUAACUUCCAAGGUACUCUCUACACUGUUCUUCUCGGUCUGUCGUUACGUUCUCGUUUCAAUUAA